AUGCCAAACGAAAUCAAAGACCUGCACACGGUCGACGCCACGUCGUUUCCGUACAUCUUCGAGCAGAAUGCGACGGUGACGCUGAAAAACGACGCCGGCCUCGUGCGGUGCAACGUGUACCGGCCCAGGACGUCGUCCGACACGCCGGUGCCCGUCCUCGUGACGUACGGCCCCUACGGCAAAGACAUUGCGUACAGCGACUUCCACGCCAAGUCGUUUGCCGAGGUCAACCCGGCGCACAAGUCGGCGCACGCGGCAUGGGAGACGCCGGACCCGGGGUUCUGGACGGGGCACGGGUACGCCGUGGUGCGCGCGGACGAGCGGGGGCUGGGGCAGUCGCCGGGGGUGCUGGACACGAUGUCGCGGGGCACGAGCGAGGCGUUUGUGGACGUGGUGGAGUGGGCGGCGGCGCAGCCGUGGUCGACGGGCAAGGUGGGCCUGCUGGGCAUCUCGUACUACGCGGGCAGCCAGUGGCGCGUGGCGGCGCGCCAGCCCAAGGGCCUGGCCGCGAUCGUGCCGUGGGAGGGCAUGUCGGACUACUACCGCGACCGGUGCCGGCACGGCGGCAUCUUGGCCAGCGCCUUCAUCCAGUUCUGGUGGAACCGGCAGGUGAUUACGAACCAGUACGGGCGGCCGGGGCGGCAGGCGCGCAACUGGGGGCCGGACACGCUGGAGGGCGACCUGUCGGAGGACGAGCUGGCGGCCAACCGCCGCGACCAGACGCUCGACAACGCGGCGCACCGGUUCCGCGACGACGCGUACUACGCGUCCAAGGAGUACGACAUGGCCGACAUCCAGGUGCCGCUGCUGUCCGUGGGCAACUGGGGCGGCAUUCUGCUGCACCUGCGCGGCAACGUCGAGGGCUACGUGCAGGCGGGCGCGCGGCACAAGUUCCUGCGCAUGAUCACCGGCCGCCACGACCUGCCCUUCUACUACGACGAGGAGGUCGAGGUGCAGCGCAGCUUCCUGGACGCGUUCCUCAAGGGCGAGGACCGCGACGGCUGGACGGGGCCGACGGCGGACGGCAGGACGGUGGCGCCCGUGAGUCUGGUGCUGCGCAAGGGCGACGUCGGGUUCAACGACGCCGCGGCCGAGCGGGCGUACGCGCGCCGCGAGGAGACGGAGUGGCCGCCGGCGCGCACGCAGUACACCAAGUCUUUUUGA